AUGGCUCCACCGACUGCAAAGCUAAAAUCAAAAGUUUCGUUUUUUUUUUUUCCCAUCCUUUUGUUUUCACUGCUAGACAUCAAGCAGAGAGACGACGAAGCCAACGACUGGACAAUGGCCGAAAAUAACAAGAGAAGGAGACUUUCAGCCAGCGGGAGCUUCAAGAUGGAUGAGAAUGUACGGACUGGCAGUUUCGCCGCUGAGAACACUGCUCCGGACGCAGAGCAAGCCCCGGCCAAAGAGCGCAAAACUAGGACGCUCUUCGUGCGAUCGCUACCCACAACGGCGACGACAGAAUCGUUGACAGAGUACUUCUCGCAGUCCUACCCUCUAAAGCAUGCCACUGUUGUGCUUGAUCCACAGACAAAACAGUCCAAGGGAUACGGAUUCGUUACCUUUACAGACCACGAAGACGCCCAAUCGGCAGCAAGAGAACUGAACAACUCGGUGUUUGAGGGGAAGAAAAUAAAAAUUGAGCUUGCCGAACCUCGCCAUCGAGAAAUUGAUGAAAAGGCAGGGAAGAGUGUUCCAUCUUCUGCCCCGUCAAAGGCAAAGGAACUCAAGGAGAAGAGAAGGCUGGAAUCAUUACCCCCGAAACUUAUAAUACGAAAUUUACCGUGGAGUAUAACCGAACCGCAGCAUCUGGAACUGUUGUUUAGGAGUUAUGGAAAGAUUAAACAUGCCGUCGUGCCAAAAAAAGGUUCGAGGCUUGCCGGGUUCGGAUUUGUGGUUAUGAGAGGGAGGAAAAAUGCAGAACGAGCGAUUGAAGGCGUCAAUGGCAAGGAGGUUGAUGGGCGGACCUUGGCCGUCGACUGGGCGGUGGAGAAGGAUGAAUGGGAAAACAGGAACAAAGCUGCAGAGGAAUCCGAUGGAAAGGAAGAGGCCGGAGACAGCGAAGAGGCUGUUGCGGAGAAUGAGCAACUUGAUGUCGUCGAUGAUGGAGAAUCGGAUGCCAUUAGUGAAGAUGAAGAAGAUGGGGGAGUUGAACUUGAUAAUGAGGAUGAAGACGAAGAUAUCUCCAUGGAUGAUGCAGAAUAUGACGAGCAGGAAGAAGAGGAAGAGGAUGAUCGAAAUGCGUCAACAAUAUUUAUACGGAAUCUACCCUUCUCUGCUACAGAUGAGACUCUCCACGAACACUUUUCUAAGUUCGGCCCUGUUCGCUACGCUAGGGUUGUGCUUGACCCAGCAACGGAACGGCCAAAGGGUACGGCCUUCGUCUGCUUCUACAAAGCGGAAGAUGCUUCCUCUUGUAUCCGCGAGGCUCCCAGAGACGUGGAUCCGUCUCGAAGCAAAGAUCCCAGACAUAAAGCUGCAACGAGACAGUUGCACUCAGUUCUCGAGGACGAGAGCAAUGAUCCUACUGGGAAGUAUACCAUGGAUGGCCGUGUCUUACAGGUCUCACAGGCAGUGAGCCGAACAGAGGCUGGGAGGCUUGAGGAGGAAGGGCAUACGCGCCGUGAAGCUCGAGACCAUGACAAACGCCGACUCUUCCUGCUCUCGGAGGGAACAAUUCCGUCCAAUUCCCCCUUAUAUGCGAAACUCUCUGAAACAGAGAGAAGGAUGAGAGAAGCGAGUGCCAAACAGCGUCAAAAGCUUGUCAAGUACAAUCCUAUGCUGCACGUGAGUCUUACUCGACUGUCUGUCCGCAACUUGCCACGGCACAUUGAUUCCAAGGCCCUCAAAGCACUUGCACGCGAGGCCGUGGUGGGUUUUGCAAAGGAUGUUAAGAACGGCCUUCGUAAGCCAAUAUCCUGGGAAGAAUCUCGUCGAAGCGCUGCCUUAAUGAAAGAGGCCGAUCACCUACGCAAGGCCCAGAAAAAGGGCAUUGUUAAACAGGCAAAGGUUGUUUUCGAGGGUAAGGAUGGCUCGAAGAUGAGCGAGAAGUCUGGCGCGGGCAGGAGCAGGGGCUACGGAUUCAUCGAAUACGCUACGCACAGAAACAGUUUAAUGGGGCUCAGAUGGUUGAACGGCCAUGCCAUUGAGGCGUCUGCGUCUACGCCCAACGCUGACCCGGCGGAUAGAAAGAAGCGUCUCAUUGUGGAAUUUGCCCUUGAAAACGCCCAGGUUGUCAACCGAAGGCGAGAACGAGAAAUGAAUAUCCGAAAAGCUGCUACAGAAGCUGACGGGGAGGAAGGCCCUCAACGCGGUAUAAAGCGCAGCCGCGACGAAAGGGAUGAGAAGCAGACUAAGAGGCCAAGGGCAGGAAAAGGCUCCAAGAGCAAUCUCAAGGGGGCGAAGAAUGGCAAAGGGCCAGCAGGAAAACCUGAACAGAAAGCUGAAAAGGCCCCAGAGAAGACCUCGUCCACAGAGAAGAACAAUGACAUUGCUAAGCGGAAUAGGAUCAUUGCUAGAAAGCGGAUGUUAAGAAGGAACAAGAGAUGA